UCCAUGUCUUCUCCCAACUCCGCUUCGCCAUGAGCCCCCCGCUCGACCGCACGCCCUCCCGCCUCUCCCACCUCUCCCUCUCCAUCAUCCCCGACGCCGCGCCGUCCGCGACGGGCUUCGCGCCUCCCGCCCAGCCACAGGAUGAAGAGAAGUCCGCCGUCCCAGAGAUCGAGAGCGAGCUGGGUCCGCCGCCCGACGGCGGGCUCGAUGCGUGGCUGUGUGUCCUGUCCGCCAUGUUCUUGCCGUUCUGCAUCUUUGGCUUUAUAAUGGCGUUCGGACAGCUGCAGGACUACUACCUCGCCAACCAGCUCAAGGGGUACGACAAGGCGACGGUCGCGUGGCUCGGCUCGAUCGUCAGCUUUGCAGAGUUCUCGCUCGCCAUCUUCUCGGGCCGCUUCUUCGAUAUCCACGGGGCCCGCCUCCUCGUCGUCUCAUGCACCCUGCUGUCGUUCAUCGCGAUGGUCGGCCUCGCGUUCUCGACAAAGUACUGGCAGUUCCUGCUCUCUUUCCUCGCCUACGGCGUCGCCGGCUCACUAGCGUACGCGCCAUCCGGCGCCGUCGUUGCGCACUGGUUUCUCCGCCGCCGCUCGACCGCCAUCGGCAUCGUCAUCUGCGGCUCGGGCGUCGGCGGCAUCGUCUACCCCUUCAUGCUCGAGAAGCUCUUCCAGCGCCUGUCGUACCGCGACACGAUGCUGAUCAUCGGCGGCUUCAACUUUGUGCUCAUGCUCCCCGCUUGUGUCUUCAUGAAAGGCCGUUUGCCGCCGCGCGCCCCGCCGCCGUGGCGCGAUGUGCGCACCCCCUGGUCCGAGCCGCCAUACGUCUUCCUGGUCCUCGGCGCCAUGCUGUACGGCAUGAACAUCAUGUCGCCGACAUUCUCGGCGCUCACAUACGCGCAGGACAACAGGCUGCCGCCCAGCAUCUCGAUCUACGCCGUCGCGAUCCUGCAGGCGGGCUCUGUGGUCGGGCGACUCGGCUCGGGCGUCCUCGCCGACGCCGUUGGCGUCAUGAAGGUGUGGUGCUCGCUCGGCAUUGCGAGCGCGGUCGUCAUGUUUGCGCUGUGGGUGCCCCCCGUCGGGCCGGCGCCCGCGAUUAUCGGCCUCAUAUUAUGGGGCGCGCUCAACGGCGCAUGGUUCACGCUCGCGGGCAGCGCGACGGCCGCCGUCUCGCCCCUCGAGGAGACGGGCAUGCGCUUCGGCAUGCUCAUUACGUGUUUGGCGGUGCCGUCGCUUGUGGGCCCGGUUAUCUCUGGCGCGCUGGUGACUGCCGCAGACGACAGGUUUACGUACGCCGGGGUGUAUAUCGGCGCAUUGUUCUUCGCCUCGGGGAUCGUGUCCAACGGCGUGCCGGUGUGGGCGUGGUGGCGACGGCGAGGGGAAAUGGUCGCGGACAAGGCGGUCGAGGAGGGGACAGGAGAGGGGAGCGCGACGCGGGAGACAGAUGAUGUCGAGGAGAGCAAGUGAGAUGAGAGAUGAGAGAUGGAGGGAAGGAGAAUGUUGUUGCAUCCACGGCACAAAUAGAUUUAUAGAUUUGCAUGCAUUUUUGGUAUUUUC